GCAGGGGGACAGGGGAAACAAGUGUUCGUACAACAGUCAGUAGUGUGGCAAGGAAGCCAUCAAGUCUCCUGACAGCUCGUUCUCUACCUUUUCCUCCACCGCCUUUAUCGUCACAGACGGUGGCUGCCACCCUCCCAACUAACGGGCACCACGCGUUGGCAGCGCGCUUGGCCGCAGUGCGCCUGCGCAGAGGAGAUGCCGCGGCGCGCAACUCCGACCGGCCACUGAGUUAUCUCCCUCUCCGCGGCUUGUCCAAGCAGUUUUAUCUCGCCUUCUCUCGCUUCUUGGGCCCCGGGCGGGUGGAAAGGCAACUGUUUGGGCUUCGAUAUCAGUUGAUCAGCUGUUCGACCGCAAUCGUGCUUUCCAGAUCAUUGGCGCAUUUCCUAAAGCUUGCCUGGAAACUGAAGAUCACUUUUUUCUUGUCCGGAAAAACCUCCUUCUUUGCGUCAGACAAAGUUUGACAUUGCAAUUUUUGUGAAAAGACUUAAAACAAAAAUGAUUUCAUCUCGUUUUUAAAAUCGUGAUUAACAAGAACAAUUACUGUUCAAUUGUCAAAAAAGAAAAAAGAAUUCUGGUGCUUCAGAAUUUCAGGGGAAAGAACCAGUCUUUCCAACAUGACAGGGUCAAAGUGGCAGAAUAUCUAAUGUUGUAUGUUUUUCAACCAUCACUGUGUACGAGAUUAUACAAUAUAUUGUGCCUAUUUCUUAAAGAAAUGAAAAAUAUUCAGUAGGAAUGGCAACACGUGACAAUCAUCGGGUAUCACUGGACGUUUUUCAUUCUUUUGGAUGUUUGCUUCCUGAUUCCUGAGAGUCGACAGUUUUCCCGAGUGUCCCCAUCGUCUCACUAAGCGGCCUCCUCCUGUCUACUCGCCAUGGAUUACAUCUCACGCGUCUGAUCACUGGAAUAGCAGUUCCUGUUGUCCUGGUCUUGACCUGUGUGACAUCUUCACUUGCCAGGGGCUUCGACAGGAUGUCAGAUGCACCAGCUACAUUGCGAAUCCGCCCUCCACCGAUGAUCGCGGACCCUGUCUCACCUGAGUGUUACAACUUUACUUACGGUAACUGGCGCAAGCAAGAGUUCUACUCUCCCAACUACCCGGGACCCUACCUCAACAACACAGACUGUGUCCUCUACCUGGAAGCACCUUCCGGAUUCCGGAUUCAACUGGACUUCAGAGACCAGUUUACUUCGGAGAAGUCUGAGAACUGCAAAUACGAUUUCCUAGAAGUCCGCGAUGGUCCAUUUGCAUAUUCUCCAUUGCUUGGUCGAUUCUGUGGCCAUAAAUUUCCACCUUUGAUCGAGUCGACCAAUCGAUUUCUUUGGAUGAGAUUUAAAACUGACGACCUUUUAACCUAUGAAGGCUUCAAAGCGAUCUACUCUUACCAUAAAGAUCACACGCAGAAUGACGGCACGGCUCUUGCCAAAGUGGGCUCUACGGUAUGCAGAAUACCAAUAAAACUAGGCUCUAGCUACCUGGACGGUGAGUUGACCUCACAGGAAGUGCCCUUUGGUGACGUGUCUGACCCUAGUUAUCCCAAACACAGGCCGGUGGACUGCACCUGGGAGAUAUAUACAGACCAGGGCAAUUCAAUCAACAUCCGGGCCCUGGCCAUGAGGCGAGCCACCACCGCACCAUGUGACAACAGCUACGUGGAGGUGUACAAGGGCACCACCCUGGAGCGAGACCGCGCCACCUCCCUGUGUGAGGACAAGAUCGGAAGCCCCAUGUCCAUCACCUCGGACCGCAAUCGUGUCUUUGUUCGUGUUUAUGGCAACAGCCUCCAGGAGAAGCCGGACCUCAAGAUGGUGUACUCGCUGGUGAAGACAGGCUCCUGUACGAGUGGCUACACGUCCUGUGGCGACUUUUGCCUCCCCAACAGCCUGCGGUGCAACGGUCUGCAGAACUGUCCAGAUGGUCGAGACGAGGUCAACUGCCCCAGAGGUAGCCCCAAGACUCACUCUGGAAGCAAGGCACGCCCAGCCAUCGACUAUGACAUGUUCACGAGACAUACAACCAGCCAGGGGCUCACCCACUGCUGCCAGCAGCCCGGGAGAUGAAAACAGAGAUGAUGCCGCCAAAGGUGGAGGGAGCGAGGCAAAGAUUCCCCUGCAUACCAUCAUCCUAGGUGUCAUCGGGGCGUGCUGCUCACUGCCAUUAUCUUCGGGCUGUGCAUCAUGUGCAGGUUCCGCCGGCGGGAGGCCAGCAAGAAGAAGGA